GCACACAGACACAUCUGUGACUCUAUGUGAUAGUACAGGACUAAAUAAAAUAAAGAAAUAAAAGAAAUACCCUUUUGAACAUGUUUAAAGCUGACCUGUGAGCUCAUCGUCGUGUACAUAUUUAAUACAGCUUUAAGGAAAAAGCACUAUAUAUAUUACAUUGCUUUAUUCCUUUUAUAUUUACGGCGUUUUUCUAAAUACAUUCAAACAUAAUGGACACCAUAAUGAGUCAGGAGAAUCUUAUCCGUUCUGCGAUGUGCUUACACUGUGAACAUGACCAAUUCCUAAGAGAGCAAAGGGUGAUGGAUCUGGUCAAAGAACGGGAGCUCAAGAUUGCUGGGCUUCAAAGACAGUACCAGGAGCAAAGUGUGGAGCAACAGAACUACGAUCAAAGGGAUGAACAACUGUUCAAGGAACAAAAGCUGAAGGAAAGGUUCUGUAAAGAAAGGAAGUGGCUGGAACAGUUUACCCCAUGCUUGCAGUGUUGUGAAGCAAAGCAGGAAGGGCGAAAUGCGAUGGACUGUCAGAGCUGCACAUUCACUCAACAGAAGUCUAAACAAGCGUCAGACUGUGAGGUUUGCCCCAGCUUACAGGAGAUGAUUAAUAAUAGAGAGUCAACUAUUGAAGAUUUAAAGAAGGCCUGUGCUGACAUCAGAAAAAGAGCAGAGCAGAGUGAGAGUAAACUGGCAGACUUCAAGGAGAGGAUGACGAUUGAGGCUUCUGCUGAAAUAGGAUCCAGCAGCAGAAUAUUUGAAGACAUAAACAACCCCUGCAGAGACUCUGAGCUGAGGAAGAGUUAUGAGCUGCUGCGGGUCGAGGGGUGGCCCAGGUGCCUGAUGAAAAUUAAAGACGGCGUUAAAAAGGGAAAACUAGAUGAUGAAAAGACAGAAAAGGAAACCAUAAAGAGAAUGAUGAAGAAUGUAUUCGACAAGGCCUUGGCUGACAUGAAGAAGAAGAGAGAGUCUCUACAGGCAGUUUUCAGAAUAACUGAUGGUGCAAAAUCUUUCAACAAAAAGCAGCAGCACUGCAUGGAUAUGGCUCUUCAGAAUCUGCAAGCCAUGAUACUGUAUGGAGAAUUCACAUAUUACCAGGAUAUAAAUGAGGAGCUUGGACUCAGUAAUCCAGACUACCUGUGUAAGUUUGCUGACCUGUGCUAUAAACAGGGCUGUCUGAUGGCGUUACAUAACCCACCGCUGACUCUCGACUGGGACAAUAAAGAGAGACACGGCCACUUCCCACUAUUAAAAAUAGGAUAAGGGUGUGAUGGUGAGUCCUCUUCAUCAGCACGUCAUCAGAACGAGGAUCAUGAGUGGUGAAACUGCUGAACGGAGCAAUCAUAACAUAACUGUAGUGUCUGUAGGACAGGUGGGGUUUAGAUCAAGAAAAGGGGAAUAUUAAAAGCAUCUCAUGCUGUGUGGUUCAAGGGAUAUCUUAAAUAACAUGUGUUUUAUUGUGUUGAUACUAGAAUAAAGGUAUUAUAUAUCUAACAUUAAUAUUUCAUUCAUUAAAUCUUUAAUAUUUCCCUGCUGGUGCUUUUUUAUGAUUUUCACCCAGAUUUUAAUGGCUCUCUGAAUAUAUUAUAUAAUGAUUAUAUUAGCAUAUUAAAAUAGUAAAAAUAAAGGACAGAGCCUCUGCUUUAAAGACAAAAGUCUUCAUGUGUUCAUGUUCAUCAUGUUAUCAGGUUUGAUCAAAAAUACAACAUUUUGUGACAAGCUAAGAUAUUUUUAAAAAUCAUCUAUACAGGAUAUAUUAAUCAAUAUACAGUAUAUGUCAAUGGCAGGUCAAUAGUUAAUGUAAGGAGAAAACAAUGAAACUUAAAUUCACUGCUGAUGAUGGUAAUGCAUCAUGCUGAUGUUAAAUCAGGAAAUGGUUACAGCGUUAAAUGUCAAAUAGUCAUACGGUCAUUUAUUCCAGUGUUUGUGCGUCUCUUUUUCCUGCUCCAUGCUCUUCAUGUGGUGAUUAUGGUUUAUCUAAAUAUAUUAUGACAGAACUUGUAAUCAUUGUGUGUAUUUUAGAUCCACAUUCACAUCUGAUGGAUAUGUGCACUGUACAUACUGCAGAGUUCCACAUAAUUCCUUCAUGUUGUUGAAACACAAAUCAUUUAAGUUAACUUAAAUUUAAGUUGAUUGAACAUAAAACGAUUAUGUUAUCCCCGAAAAAACGAAUAAUUGUGUUGAAUCUGUUCACUGUAAUUAAGUAGUCUGAACAAGCAGCAGAAACAGUUUCGAGUGGUUCGGGAUCGUUGCUCAUUUCUAACUGCUAAAAGGGUGGAAGGGUUAUUUUAGCCUAAUCGUGUCAUAUUUUUGAGCAAUAAAUGUAUAUCUCCAUUCAAA